GGAGAAGUCAAGUGUACUAAUUGCGAGACAACAAACACUCCACUCUGGCGACGCAACCCAAAGGGAGAUCCAUUGUGCAAUGCGUGUGGAUUGUUUCUCAAGCUGCAUGGCACCGUUAGACCUCUCAGUUUAAAGACAGACGUGAUCAAGAAGCGCAACCGCAUCAGUAA